GUUCAGAUUCGAGCCCUGUCGAUAGAAAUGAUUUUCGUCGUCUCCCUCGUUCUCCGUGUUGUUGUUCAUCUCCGUGACGCGACAGAGGUGUAGCCUGACGCGGUCUCUUACGUGUCGGUCUGAAUAAAAGUGGAGCUCGGAGGACCCGGGAGUGACGAAGCGAGUCUGUGUCGGGCUCUCCAGAGUUCUCCACCCUCCAAUCCAGCCAACUAAAUGACCAUGGAAGCGGGCGCCGAUACACAGCAGGGUGGUGACACAGCUGUUUCUGAGUCUGAGGCCCAGCAGAUCACACUGGCCCAGGUGUCUAUGGCUGCAGCACAGGUCUCCUCCAGUGGCCCUACAGUCACCCUAGUGCAGUUACCCAACGGUCAGACGGUUCAGGUUCACGGGGUCAUCCAGGCCUCCCAGCCCUCGGUCAUCCAGUCGCCUCAAGUGCAGACUGUCCAGAUUUCUACAGUUGCAGAGGAUUCCCAGGACUCCCAGGAGUCGGUGGACAGUGUGACAGACUCUCAGAAGAGGAGGGAGAUUCUGUCCAGACGCCCUUCCUACAGGAAGAUCCUGAACGACCUGUCGUCUGACGUGUCGGCGGUCCCGCCGAUCGAGGAGGAGAAAUCGGAGGACGACUCGACCCCCGCCAUCACCACCGUUACUAUGCCCACAUCAUGCCCCAUCUACCAGACGGCCAGCGGCCAGUACAUCGCCAUCACCCAGGGCGGCGCCAUCCAGCUGGCCAAUAACGGUACGGAUGGCAUGCAGGGGAUGCAGACGCUGACCAUGACCAACGCGGCGGGCGCCCAGCAGGGCACCACCAUACUGCAGUACGCUCAGACCUCCGAUGGACAGCAGAUCCUGGUGCCCAGCAACCAGGUGGUAAUGCAAGCUGCCUCUGGAGAAGUGCAGACCUACCAGAUCCGUACAGCCAACACCAGCAGCAUGACUCCUGGGAUGGUGAUGGCCUCCUCUCCAGCCCUGUCCGGCCAGGAAGGCCCAGAGGUAGUCGUCACCCGCAAGAGGGAGGUCAGACUGAUGAAGAACAGGGAGGCGGCCCGGGAGUGUCGCCGGAAGAAGAAGGAGUACGUCAAGUGUCUAGAGAACCGUGUGGCCGUUCUGGAGAACCAAAACAAAACCCUCAUUGAGGAACUGAAGUCACUUAAAGACUUGUACUGCCACAAAUCAGAGUAGUGCCCCCCCCCCCCAGGCCCUGAGUGGUGUGUCCCCCAUGUACAGAGACUCACCACAGAGCCAUGCAUCUGGCACCACCCUCCCCCCUUUCUAUCUGGGUUUUCUUUUUAAAAAGCGCUACCAGUCUAGAAGACCUACAGGAAGAGGAAAACCAACAAGGAAAACCUUACACAAUUUCUCCACUUUUUCAUGAGUACUCCUAAAAAUGACCUAAUUAUUACCCCUAAAAAGGAUGCCCUCAUGAGUACCCCUAAAAAGGAUGACCUCAUGAGUACCCCUAAAAAGGAUGACCUCAUGAGUACCCCUAAAAGGAUGACCUCAUGAGUACCCCUAAAUGGAUGACAUUAUGAGUACUUACCAUCAUGAGUACCCCUAAAAAGGAUGAGGUGGAGCACGCACUGUUUCUCCACCAAUAGAAUGGGGCCCCUAGUGGAGUGGAAUGUGGGAUCUUACAGUGGAAGGUAUCAUGUAUAUCCACUACACUGCUGCUAACUAACCAGUCUCAAGAUGUCAGAUACCAGGAAAACACCAGCCGUGGAGGACUAGGACCCCUCUGCCCACCAUUAACUACCCUAUAGAAUUAUUCUGAGUUUGGCCUGUCUGCCUGCGCCACACGUUGGAAAUGAAUUUGGAAAGAUUGUCAUCUUUUUGAGUGCUACACUAUUUAGUAUUUAGGCUGAUGAUUGGUUUAACUCUUCUGUUACUUACGCUUUAUGUGGACUGUAGAUCCCAACCACUGUCAUAUGAAAUGUAUUAUCUUUGAGCUUGAGUUGGGUUAUCAUGUAUUGCAUUUUUCUGCUUGCAAACUUUUGUUAUUCUGCUUUGUGUUACCAGCCUUGCUAAGUUGGGGGAAAACACAUCUGGUGGCUGUUUUGGGGUAGGGGUAGGAGAUGGAUCGUGGGUGGAUUGACUGUAUCAACUAACAGGCAUUAAAAGGUAAACUCAGCGAUAUUACUUAGAUGCAGAAAGUAAACAGCAUAGUGGGUAAAUUUCCGCAACAACUAAGAGCGUUGAAGAGCGAGGCUCAACUUCUCCGCUGUUUUGGUGCCCUGGCUACCACGCUGUAUACAGCGUGAAGAGAACCUGGGCACAUGCGCAGAUACUGUGCGAGAGCGAAGUGUUGCAUCUCGCUCAUCUCAAUAUCUCUGGUGCUGCUCGUGGCAAAGUCAUUUCGCUGAGUCUACCCUUUUUAACGAGUUGUGCUAAUGUAUACUACCAUGCAGCUGACAGGAAGAGUUCUGAAAAAUGACUGAAGGGCAGGCUAUGGGUGUUGUAUAGUGUGUUUUUGGGCAUUCAUGUAAUGUAUAAUAUGUCUGAGGUAGAGUGUGUUUGAGCCUCCAUGUUUGUUUCUCGAUGGCCUGAACAGGCAUGAGGCAUAAUCAUAUUGGAGGAUGUCCGAACUUCCACUUAACUUAGUCAUCAUGCGUUGAAGUCAAUGGGAGACUAAAGUGAACGUUAAGAUUAGCCCCACAAUCCCACUUGUUCAUCUGUUGUGCCUCAAACACUUCUGACAGGACAAGGGAUUAAGCAUUUUUUUAAAUCAUGUGGUUAAAAUGGACAAUUUGCUUGGAUCUGCAGUAAUGUCGUAGACCAAAAUUUUCAGAUCCAUCGCUGACAUUGACUGAAAAGUCAACAAACGUGGGAUUACACCAGGGGCGCGUUCAGCAGCUCACAACAAUGUGGAACAGAUAGAAAUGUUCAGCUAGAACUGUUUUGUAGAACAGACAUGCCUUUCUGACAUGUGAAAUAAGGAUUAAUGUCAGCUCUAUUCACUAUUUUUAUCUGCAACGUUCUAUUUGCUUACUGAACCCAGUCUUCUGUUUGAUUGGACAACAGAAUGCCAUAUUGUAUUAUUUUGUUUUUACAUAGCCAUCUGUCAAUGUAUAUGCAUCUUAUUUUUAAAACACUUGCCAUUUCUGUUCAUAUUUUGUAAACAUUGUAUUUCUGAAAAAGCAAAACAAUUAUAUUAGUUUUCUUCAACUAUUGUUUUUGGCAGCUGUUAAUAAAUGUGUUUCUGGUAUUAUU